AUGUUCGACAUCACUCAAUUGGAACCUGCUUUCAUCAAGUAUUGCACCACUAGAAACCAUUCUUACACCUACGGUACUGCCGGUUUUCGUGCUAAUGCUUCCACUCUCGAUACGGUCAUGUUCACCACAGGUAUCGUCGCCAUCCUAAGAUCAUUGGUCUUACAAGGCAAAUACAUCGGUGUAAUGAUCACGGCUUCCCACAAUCCUCCUCAGGAUAACGGUGUCAAGAUCGUAGAACCAAGUGGUGCCAUGUUAAUCGAAUCAUGGGAGCAAAUUGCCACAGAUCUGGCCAAUAUCGCUUCGCAUGGUAACUUCACCGCUUUUGUCAUGCAUCUCUCACAGGUCAUUGCAAAGCUCAAUAUCGAUGAAACCACAACUCCUCGUCUCAUUGUGGGCCAUGACUCUCGUGAGUCUUCUCCAUACUUAAUGGAAUGUCUCCAAGCUGCCGCUCCGGUGUUUGAUACCAUUGUAAUCAACCAUACUUUAAUCACUACUCCUCAAUUACAUUAUUUAACAAUGCUCCAAAAUGAUGUUGUCACAGAAGUCGAUUAUUACAAAUUCUUCUCCACAAGUUGGAAUAAUUUAUUCUCUUUGUACCCAGAUCUCAAUCUCACUUUCAAUAAUUUGAUUGUUGAUGGGGCAAAUGGUGUCGGUAGCGUACAAUUUAGUAAAUUUUUACCAUAUUUACCACAAUUAGCAACUUUAACAACAAUUAUUAACGACAAACAUAACGUUCCACAGAUGUUAAAUGUCGAUUGUGGCGCUGAUUUCGUAAAAACUAACCAGAAGUUACCAAAUGGUAUAGUCAACCCAAAUCCAUCGGAUUUGUACGCUUCAUUCGAUGGUGAUGCUGACAGAAUCGUCUUCUAUUACGUCGAUAACAAUAAGAAAUUCCAUUUAUUGGAUGGUGACAAAAUUUCCACUAUCUUAACUAAAUGUCUAAUUUCCAUGCUAAGGGAAUCCGAAUUGUUAAACGAUAUCAAUCUAGGUGUCGUACAAACAGCUUACGCAAAUGGUUCAUCUACCAAAUACAUUACUAAAUCCUUAAAAGUGCCCGUCGAAUGCACAAAGACUGGUGUCAAACAUCUUCAUCAUAUCGCAGAAUCCAAAUUCGAUAUCGGCAUCUAUUUUGAAGCUAACGGUCAUGGUACAGUACUUUUCUCUAACAAAUUCUAUGAAGUCUUACAAAAGGCAAUCGACAAUGGCUCUUCGAGUGAAAAAAUUCACAAAGCUAGAUUAUCAUUAUUCUACUUCAGUAAAUUAAUCAACCAAACAGUUGGUGAUUCAAUGGCAGAUUUAUUAGCCGUAAUUGCCACUCUGUCGAUCUUACAAUUGUCUCCAAGCGAUUGGGAUACUGAAUAUCAAGAUUUACCAAAUUUAUUAACAAAAUGUACCGUCCUCAAUAGAUUUGUCUUCAAGACUACCGACAUGGAGCGUAAACUGACCUCUCCAUCAGGUCUUCAAGAAAAGAUUGACGCCGCUGUCUCAAAAUACGAUUCCGGUAGAUCUUUCGUUAGAGCUAGUGGUACUGAAGAUGCUGUCAGAAUUUAUGCUGAAGCAAAAACUAAGGCUGAAGUAGAAGCUUUAUCAAAAGAAGUUACCCAAUUAGUAGAAAACUCAUAG